AUGGAAACCGAUUUGAUAUCCAAUGGGACUAUAAAUGGAAAUGUUAAAGCACUUCGAAAUAUGUGGAGUAUAAAAGCUCAAGAACAACAAACAUCAUCUCAACCACGUUCUAAACAACAAAAAUUAUCUUCGAAAAACAGUAUACCAACUUUCAAAAUUACACAUGAAACAAUUCAAAACAAAUCAUCAAUUAGUUCUAAUAAUGAAGAAACACUUUCGUCUCAAUCGGUAAAAAAAUUAUCAUCACUUGAUCAACGUAUUUCUCUACCAAUUACAGCAGCAACACCAACCCCACCAAAAACAACUUCAGUCAUUUUUAAACAUCAAGUUCAAACUGUUUCAACUCUUAAACAGUCUAUAAACAAAAUGACUACAAAUGUAAAGAAAAAUAUUCCUUCGAAAAAUUCUAAACAUAAUGGUAAUCGUCUUUGGCAUGUAACUCGUCAUGUUUUUCAUAGUGGUUUUAUACUUAAUCGUCGAAGACGAGCAUCAGAUAGUAUCUUACCAUUAUUAAUGAAAAAAUAUUUAGUUAAACAACAGUCUCAUAGAGAUAGUAUAGAUAGUACACUUAGUACAAAACCAUUUGAAGAUUUUAUUGAUUAUUUAGCUUAUGAUAAAGAAAAUAGUGUAAAAAUAUCACAAAGAAUCAAACGUACUAAAUCGGAUAUCAGCGAUUGUAUGCGAAGUAAUACAUUAGAUGAUACUAUAUUACAAUAUGAGAUGAUACUUCAACGUGUGAAAAAUUAUGAACAAUUUAUGACAAUGUAUCCUAAAACAACACCGCCUAUUUCAAGACAACGAGAAAAAUCAGUUGAUAAUGAAUUAAUAAAUACUGGAAAAUUAACAAAAGAAAAAUUACUUUCUAAAUCACCAAUUUCAAUUCGACAAACACAAUCUUUAUCAAGAAAUAUGGGACAUACAUUUUCAAAUUUUCUUAUGAAUGAUCUUAUGUUAUCGCCAACACCUAAAUCGCAAAUGAAUGUUCAAAAAACUUUAAGUCUAUCGCAUGCAUCAUCACAAACAGAUCUUUAUGAACCGACUCCUAACGACAAAGAAGAAACAAAUAAUUCAACGAAAAUAAUUAAGAAUGAUGAAAUCGAAAGCUUUAAUUCAAUAUCAAAUGAAGAAGUUAAAGAAGUUUUAAAUGAAUUUGAUACAAUGCUUGUUCAAGAAUUACCAAGAACACCCGAUAUUGAUACAAAUGUUAUUGUUCAAGAACCACCACCAACAACGCCCAAUACUGAUGUAAAUGUUCAAGAAGUACCAAUAACACCGAAUAUUGAAGUAAAUGUCAUUGUCCAAGAUAUACCACGUUUACCCAAGCCAGAAGCACCAUUAACAGCAGCACAAUUACUCAUGAAGCGUUUAUUCGAAGGGAAAAAGAGUGCAUAUAGUCCAAGUGAUCUUAACAUGGAAUUAAAUCGAUUAUCGGAAGAACUAAUACCAGUAUAUGAAAUUGCAAAAGAGAGAUGUUUUUUUGAAACGGAAACACCCGUUUAUGUAAGCAAGAUGUUUAAAAUUAGACGUCGAUCAUAUACACAACAUCUUCGAAUACUUUGCAUAACAACGCAACGGCUAUAUAAUAUAACAAAGAAAAAUCCAUAUCCUAAAGAAGCUUUAUUAUAUAAUUCAAUAAUAGGUGUUACUUGUACACCAUAUAAAGAUGGUUUUAUAUGUAUUCAAACAAAAGAAACACAUGACGAUCGAGGUGAUUGGCUUGUUUUGGUUGAUCAUCCAUGUGAAUUUAUUACACAAUUAUUUAUGAUUAUGAAACGAGAUCAUAAUAAUGAUGGUUUUCUUAAAAUCAAAACUGAAUUUACACAUUGUCGUCGAUUUUAUGGAGAAUUAAGUUCAAGUUUGUGUAUGGUUGAAGCUCAUAUAGCAGAUGCUUUUCGUAUUAAAAAACUCGAUUUUGAAACAGUUGCUAUUUAUACACCCUAA